AUGGUUUUAUUUGACCAAAUGUGGGAUGAGGUUGUGGCUGGGCCACAACCUAACCGCGGGCUUGGCAAGCUCCGCAAAUUGGCUACCUUUAGUGGCCGAGAUGGACUAGAUGGGAGUAGUAGUAACUCUGGCUCUAUUUCGGUGCCAUCGAGCCCAACCACCCCAGGGACUCCAACUAAUACGUCACCAACAGCGGCGCGUAAGGAUAAUGUCUGGAGGAGUGUCUUCAACCCUGGAAGCAAUCCCGCUACAAGGGAUAUUGGAUCUAAUCGCUUCGACAAGCCCAACAAUCCUGGAUCUCCUACUAUUUAUGACUGGAUGUACAGUGGCGCCUCAAGGAGCAAGUAUCGUUAA